AUAACUGUGGCGGGCGGAUCCAUUCCCUGUACACAGCCCCUAUACUUCAGAGAAGUCCUCCUGCCAACCUGGAAAAUAUGCACAGCAGAACGUCGGGAUUUUCUUUGAUUCGUUACACCCAGGACCAAAACAAGACCAUGAAUGGUCUUGACCAAAACAUGCCCAAGGACCAGAACAAGGAGGGCGCUGGGCACCGGCUGCUGAAUAUGCUGAGAAUAACUCUUAAAGAGUCUAAAAUUAAAGAACCGGAAAUAACACCUGAAGUUCCGACUUUGAUACCAUUUGGGGAUGUGGUUGGCUGCAUUGCUAUUCAUAUAAAGAACUGCAGACAUUUCACGCCUAAGAUCCGUUUACAACAUUUCAAUAAUUUGUUCAUUCGCAUCUCUAUAAACAACAUUGUGAAAUGUACAAAAGUAUGUAGCUUGGCAUCCCCAAAUGGUGAAAAGUACACUACAGUUAAUUUUGAUGACACAAAGUACUUUUCUGUACAGGUUCCCAGGCGUCAAGAUGAUGAGCGGAAUAAUAUAUACUUGGAACUAAUGCAAUAUAGAAGUACAGAAAAAUAUCCUCUCUUACUAGGGAGUGUUAAGGUACACCUUUAUGAUGUAAUUCAGAAAGGGUGUUUUAUUGAAGAAUUUGAAAUAUUGCAUAAAAACAUGCCUAUCUGCAAGGUGGCGGUGGAAUUUAUGUUCUCCUAUGGAAACUUUGGUUAUGGAUUUUCACAUCAGUUAAAACCUCUUCAGAAAAUUAUCGAGCCAUCCAUGUUUAUGAAUAUCGCACCACCUCCAGGAAGAAUAGAUCCUGUGACAAAUGUUAUUACACCACAACUGAUAGAGUAUCCAGCAUUCCUAUCCCCAGACCUGAAUGUUACUGUUGGGACGCCAGCUGUAGUGCCCAACCAGUCGUCUGUAGUGCGACUUGAAAAACUUCAGCAACAACCUCGGGAAAGGCUGGAAAAAAUGAAAAAAGAAUACAGAAAUCUGAAUACAUGGAUAGAAAAAGCUAACUAUUUAGAAGGAGUUCUUAACCCAAAAAUGGCCCAUAAAGAACUUAAGGAAACUGAUACCGAGCAGUUACUAAAAAGCCUACGUGAAGCAGAGUCUGAAGUUUUUGAAGCAUCAGAUUUCCCUUUUAUAAUGGAGGAAGCUGAAACUGUUCCAAGUGAGUUGCUGGAUAAUGAUGAUAAGAAAGGCCUGACUCUACCAACUCUGAACCAGUCAAAUCAAGAUAAUUCAAGUGCUGUUGCUCCUGGAAGUGAUGAAUCAACAAAGCAAACUCCAUUGCCUGUUAUUCCUAUCCUGACAAUAACAGAGGAGAACCAAGCAUCACCUCUAGAAGAAUGCCAAUCAGAAGCUGCACUGGAGGGGGAAAAAAAUAUGUUCUUAACAUCAGAUAUAAAAUUGAAAGAUAGAUAUCCAAGGCUUUUAAAAACAGACUCAUCUUCAUCAGAGGUGAUUUUUUCACCAAAGGAAAACAUUAUACCAUAUUUCAGACCAGAAUAUAUAGAAUCCAAACCAAAAUAUCAGUUCCAGAAAUUCAACCUUAAGAAUGGUUUUGAUCCUUUUCUAAGGAAUAUAAACAACAAAACAUCAGUCAGUAAAAGGAAAAAUCAAGAUAUGUCCAAAUAUAGAAACACUUCAAGUCCAGAGAUUAUAGAGCAUGAAGACCAAGAUCCUCCUUACCCAACAUACUCAAAAACUGCAACACUUACUAAUAAAACCUGGCCCUGUGAUCCUGGUAUCACCACAGUAAAGACUUUAGACACCAAGACUAAAUUAAAGUCAGCCUGUGAUCCUGAUUUCAUCACAGUAAAGACUUUAGACACUAAGAAUAAUUUAGCCCGUGAUCCUAAUAUGACCACAAUAAAGACUUUAGAUACUAAGAAUAAGUUAAAAGAAAGACUACCAAAUGUAUCUCCACCUAAUUUUGAAGGAGAAUCAUCAGUGACUGGAAAUGUCAAUACAUAUCGCCUCUCAAAAUCAUUAAGUCUUACUCCCCAUCUAGAAAAUUUAAAACAAUCAAUGGUGCUCAAGUCAAUUUUAAGUAAAAAUCUGCAAGACCUAGCAGAUAAAUUAUUUUCUAAACCAGAGAUUCCUAUGGACACUGAAGCAAGAAAGAAAAGUCCUAGUUCUCCACUUCUGAGUAUUCAUGAUGGAUCACAAAGUAGUUUGGAAAGUAAAGUAUUUGAAAAAGUCCAAGACUCAAAUAUCUGUCUUCCAGAAAAAGACAUGGUACAUUCAAAGUCUCUUUUAAGACAAGUAACUAAAGAUAUUCUUGUAGAUUUACUUGAAAGUGGACCAUCACUUGAAGAUGGACCAAGAAAUUCUCCAGAGGUAGAAAGAGCACUUGUUUCACCUCCAGGUGAUAAACACCUGGAGGCUGAUGAGAUCAAUUUUCCACUUACAAAAAAUAAUCUCCAGAAGAAGCAUUCAAAAAUUGAAGUGUCUAGAUCCAAACCAGGUGUAAGUGACAUUGCACAUGAUUAUGUUAUAAAGCAAAUAUUCACAGCACCUAUCUUCUCAGAGUUGGAAGUAGGAGAGAAAGAAUCAAGUGAGACACCAGUAAAUUUGCAGAAUCAAUUACCCACAGCUUGGGAGAGUUUAUCUUCAAAUAUUCUACUUCAUUAUGAAGAAAACGAUGAUGAAAUAGAAUUGCCACAAGCCAAAUCUGUCAUAAGCCAGAUAAUACAAGCAUUUCCUGUAGAUACUCUUUUAGAAUCUGGGAUAAUCAAAGUGAUAGAGUUAGAUAAAGAAUAUCAGAAGGGUUCUGUGCAGGAUACAGAGACAGUCUUUGCUGAAGAAGAGCCGAAGUAUUCCACAGAGGAUUAUUCAGAAACCCAAAGAGGAACAGAAUCUCUUUCAGAGAAGAAUACACUCCUCAUUCCCAAAGAAACCACUUCUUUUAAUAGCAAUGAAUAUAUGGAUGAAGGUCAAAAUAUAUCCCUACAAGAUUCAAAAUAUCAGUCAACACCAGAUAAAAAAACAGAUACGCUAAAUAAUAGUCAGAGGUUGAAUAGAGAAGAAAAGGAUCUAAAUUCUGCUUUAGAAAAUUUAAGUAACUCAUUAAUGGGUAAACUUAAUGACACAGAUGCAAUAAUGUUAAAAUCCUUUUUAAAACAUAUGUUUAAUAUUUUUUUCAAAUAUAAUCAGUCUGAAAGAAGACAACCAGGGAAAGAAUUAGGAAGACUAAUUCAGCAUCCUUUUCCAAAUAACACAGAAGACCUGGAAGAAAUUAGAGAGAAUUUUGAUAAAACAGAUAAAUUAGGCAGAAAACCUAUGUUGAGUCCAAAGCUGUGUGUAUUUCUAGAAGAACUCUCGGAGUCAGAAAUUAAAAAUUUAAAAUCUGAACUAAGUAAACAUAUCCAGCAUUACCUUGUAGAAAGACUUUCAGAAUCUGGACACAUCACCAAAGAAGACUUACCAAAAAUCUACCAAAAUCUGUAUUUGAUGAAUGAGAAAGUGGAACCAAAAGGGCAAAAUAUUUUUCUGGAAAAAUAUUCAGAAACUGUAAAAGAAAUCAUGUCUUUUGUAAAUAAUUUUAAUCAUCAUUUCAUAGAUAAACAUUUGGAAAUAAAGCUAAGAUCUUUCUUAAAUGAAAUUCUCCAAAACUAUUUCCUAAAAAACCUUUCAGAAAGCAGUUUAUUUAGAGAGACAGAAUCUGAGACUAUCAACUCAAACAUGUCUUCUCUAAGAACUAAAAGUGCCUCCAUAUCAUUUCAUGAGUUAGGACAAGAUAUUUCAAGGGGGAGUUUUGGGAAGAGACUUGACUUAAACAUGAAAUACCCCUUAAAUAAAUCUCUACAAAACUAUCUUACAGGUUUAUCAGAAAAUGAACUAUUAAAUCUAAAAGCUGAUUUAAGCAAACACUUCCAGAGCCUUUUUAUAGAAAGACUUUCAAAAUCAGGACUAAUCACAGAAAGGCAAUUAGAGGGGCUCAACCAGCAUAUAAAUUUGAUCAAUUCUAGUUCCAUACCAUUAAAAUGUAUAAAGCCAGGUUUAUCUUCUAGAAAUGAAAACCAAUUUAUGGAGGAGAAUUCAGAAAAGCAAAAUAAAUAUUCAAAAAUUGUUCAAAAAACUACUCUACAAAAAGAUCCUGAGGGGAGACUUGUAGAAACAGAACUAACCAAAGAGAAAGAAAAGGAAUAUUUUUCCUUACAGAAUAUUAAGGAAAAUCCAUCAAUAAUUGGGGAACAGAAAAGACACUAUCCUAAAGAAGGAGCCAAACCCCUGAGAUUAAUUAAGGUACAGCCUUCUUUCAUCAGAAAUACCCAAGCGAUUCCAUUAAAUAAGUCAUCAGAAAGACUUACAGAUAUAGUGCUUAAGAAACAAAGGAAAGAACAUGGUUUCAUGCAGCUUCCUCGAGCAGAAAAUUAUUAUUUUAAAACAGAAAUUCAAGACUCACAUGGUUGGAGUGGUAAAUCAAAAGCAACUCAGUCAAAUAUUUGCCUUGAAAGGACACUAAAAAUGAAGUCCCUUGAAAAAAGGGAGCAUAAUCUCUAUAAACUGAUGGCACAGGAAAAACCGGAAGCAGUACUGUCUCCGUAUCCAAGAAUUCCUAAUUACGAAAUGUCAAGUGAAAAUGAAGAAUAUAUUUACAAUUUUCCUUCCAGGCAGAAUAACAUUUUAAGUUAUUUCAGUUUAGAGGUUGGGGAGAAAUCAAAGCUAGAAGACCAGUAUAUUCAGAGGUUGAAAGGAAAUAAUAAUAAUAAUAAAAAACAUCUAGUAACAUUGGCACAAUACAAAAAAAUACAUACUCUUUCUGUACGGACAAAUGGAAUUUGUAAUGAAAAGCAUGCCAAGUUCCCUGAAUCACAGUCGUUUAAAUACAAAGGUGUGGAAGCUGAGAAAAACUCAAAACCAUCCCUCUUCCCAGAAGUAUUAAAGGGAGAAAAUCUAAAGCCCAAGGUCCGAAAGGAAAGAGACCGUGGCAACAAACAGAAGUCCUUCAGCAAGAUGGCUAAGAUACUACCAGCCUCACUGCCCUCCACGAGAAUUCUAAGGAAAUCUGUUCCAAGGACAUUGCUUCACUGGACCGCGAGAACAACUAUACAUGAUUGUUCGGAUAGAUUUGAGGAUAUACCCGUGACCUCAUUUAAGCAUGUUGAGCAAGCAAAAUCAAGAACAAGGCUUUUAGGAAAAAGCCCGGAUAAUAACCACAAUCAGUUAAAACACUUUGCAAGACCAAAUACUGCUCCAGAGGUUCACAAACGGCGAGAGAGCUACAACGGAAAAUUAACAAGUCCUCGAAUGAUUUCAGCAGGCUUAGUUCACAUAAAUGAUGCAAUCCCAGAUUAUGAAAUCCAGAAAAUGAGGCAAAAAAAGAAAUUUAAAGAGAAUAUUGAAAAGUGUUCAUUCAUUUGUGAUAUUAUACAAAUGUUGAAAGUACAGAAUAAUAUAUAAGGCCAACAGUCAAUUUCUCCAAUGAACAAAAUGGUUUGGAGAUCUGUCCUUCUGUGUGAUAGAUGUCAACAACCAAAUUUCACCUUGUUAGAACCAUUUUGUUUUAAUUAAAAUGAAAACG